AUGACAACUAUUGAAAAGCUGGAGGCAAAAAAACUAGAAGUUUCAGCUCUAAUAAUACAGAGAGCUUGGUUCAUUCAUGUGGACAAAACAAUAUUUCAACUCCUAAAACAUACAAUUUGUGCAGCGGAACAGUUUGUGGCACAUGAAAUACUGAAGACAGUGAGCCCCAUUGAGGCUAAACUUGUCAAAGAUCCUAGCAUGAAGUGUAAAGUCAGAUUCAGAUUUAAUGGUGAAACAUUUCCACCUUUCAUUGUGUUUAAAAUCUUUCUACAUGGUGACGGCUCUAAUAACAAGUAUUUCAGUGGGAAAAAUUUAUUAAAGCCAUCGAGUAAGGCAGUGCUCGAUGCUUGCAACAUCAUGGGGAAAAGGAAAUUUCAUCAGCAAAUUAUGGAAGAUGAUCGUCUUUUCCAGGAGUCCAAAAUAGCUGAUCAGAUAGAUAUUGUCACCAUGCAAGAUUACCUGCAAUAUAGCAGUCUUAUGGAUGAGACCCCUGCAUCAUCUGGUGGCAGAAAUAACCAGUGGCGAAAAUUAAACCUCAGAAACAUUCCCAAGACAAUGAUGAUAUAUGACAUAGUUCAUUAUGCAGAGACUGGGGCAAUCUCAAAGCGAUUACAAGAAGAAAUGAAGUAUCUGUUACAGAAACCACGAACAGUAGAGAUGCGUCAGCACCAGCUACAGAUUGUUUCUGAAAUUAGAGGACUGUAUCCAUCCUUCCAUCCUGUGUAUCGGCCCUACAAACAGCAAAAUAAAAUGAAACAUCUGGGUCGUCGAUCCAAGCAGGCUCAAAUGAAAGUUGAAAAAAUGAAAAACGCUUAUAUGACACCUAAAGAACCAAAGGCUUCAAAGGCUACUACUGUAAGUUUAACUUGUACUGAAUUCAUUAUUUUGGACAAAUUGCCUGUCAGUGGGGAGAAGUUGUAUGACUGGAGUUUACGAGGAUACAUAGCCCUAGAAGAUUUGUGGAAGGAGAACUUUCAGAAG